AUGGUGGAGAUGGACUACAUCAUAGAACUCUCUGAACCAGAAGAGGACACGGAGCAGGACACGGUGCCCAUACCAGCGCACAAUCGCAACCUGACAGCGGUCUCCGCUCAGGCAGCAAGCAGCCGUCGACACCGAGAAGAUCCGCCACAGCCCGCCUCGGGCGAACGCCCAACCGCGAGCAAGCGGGGGGAACCGCCUAGACCACCGCUGGCGCGACGAAGAAAGACGGCCAUAUCGAAAGCACUCACGGACGUCCUGAGACACUCUGGAGCAAGGCAUGGAUUGGAGGUGAGAGCAGAUGCACUCUUUGACCUCCGUGCCGUUCUGGACACGCACAAGCUUAAGGCGCUACAUGCACAGGAACACGAAAUCCUGCAAGUGGUCGAGGAGAGCGACAAGAAGAGAUUUGAAGUGGUCCGGCGGGAAGGGGCAAAGUGGAUCAGAGCGGCACAGGGCCACUCCAUGGAAGGCAUAGACAACUCCACCUUCCAAGUGCGAGUGCCCAGACGCCUGCUGCCACAGGAGCUGUAUCACGGCACAUACGAUGAUGCCUACAGCCAGAUAGUCCAAAGUGGACUGUUGGCGGGUGGUCCGAGCCGCAAGCGAAAUGACAUACACCUCACGGAGGGGCUGCCGACUGAUCGUCCUAUCUCAGGAAUGAGAAAUACAUGCAACAUUGCACUCGCGAUCCUACCGAAGGAGGCUGCGGCGGAGGGGUGCACGUUCUACAAGAGCGGCAACCAGGUCUAUCUCACAAAGGGUAUCGGCACACAAAAGGUCCUCCCAGCUCGUUUCAUCCACGCCGUGAUUAUCCUGAAGAGCGGAGAGAGAAUCUUGUCAAGAACCGCAGAUGGGCCACCGAGCCUCAGGGAUGUGCACGCGGGCCUAUUGAGGGCCAACGACGGCAUGCGGGCCAACCGAGCAAAGAUCAAUGCCGGGAGCCUGAUUCCACGGCACACUGCAACUGAGCCACGCUGCAUCCCAGUGCACAGCGUUCAUCUAAGCAAGUGGAUGAGCCCGGCUAAGCUCUUAUGCAAGGCCGCAAUGCCUGAGACCACGACCAGUCUCCUCCUCUCGAUGGAAUGGCAAUGGCAGACCUCGGACGGUACCAGGGCAACAGAUGGAGACGCACAGGGAUGGGGGGUGAACGUCAUGAAUACGCAGGCCGCAACAAGACGAACACAGUCCAUGGAGGGACUACUCAACGAGCUGGCUACCGGCGUUGCGGCAAGUUCGAGAAGGAAAGAGGCCAAGCGGUCCACACCCACGACAACGACGAGUGAGACCUCCAGGCUGGAUCUACGGGAGACGACGCACCAGGAGGCUGAGCACCCAAGCUCUUCUUUCCAGACUGGAAGUGACAGAAAGAACACGAUCGUCUGCAGCCCGGAGGGCCAGCUGAUUCCGCAUGGAGACGACCUUCAUACUUUCCUCAACGGCUACUUCAGGCGGCACCAUGCAACGUACCACGCCAACCCGGUGAACAUGCCCUCGUGUGGGAACUGGAUAUGGUCGCUUACUGCAGCAUUGAUGACAAGGCCGGAAUACCACCCCAACGUCUGGAGGCGUAGCCACGCGGGAAAACUGGGCGACGCGGUAGAGGGAUAUCUGUACACGUUAUACCAGAGCCAGACGGCGGGGAACCUUGCCCUGCUGGCCACCUAUGGGGAGGCUGCAAAGUACCUCCACGACCUGAUGCAAGGAAUCCCGCACGCCAUCUACUACCGCCUGAGCUGGAGGCAGUCACUUGACUCGCUCACGGAGAUUCUCGAACCAUGGAUAGGAGCAGCGUCUACACAGGACAUGAGGUCCUCGCACCCCGUCUUGACACUGGCGAUACUCGACCGCAACGAAUCCAUAGCCGUGACAGUUGAGGCGGAAAACACAGGGCUGGACAAGCAGCAGACAAUGAACAGGGGACAAGACCUUCUAACUCUGGUGAAGCUGGUGGUCUCCACACUUCACCCAUGGUCGGCCUGGUACCUUGAGCCAAUGCUCACAACCCUCAAAAAGCAGGCGGAGCCUCCACUUACUCUUGAUCUCCUCGUUGCACCGCAGACACAGAUGCCAGCUGCUCCGAGCCAGGGCCUUGGCGAGCAAGAGGCCAAUCCGCGAUCGACUGCAGCUAGGAGGUCCAAUACCAAUGAACCACGACCAGAGGCAAGACAACGAUCGUCUGCUGCACGGAGGGCUAGUACAGUGGAACCACGGCCCCAUCUACUCCUAGCACAAGCACCAGAGGAGGUACGACACGCUAAGCAGCGCCUACUUCAGGAAGCGAAAUCUGCAGUGGUCAAGCUCAUUCCGCAUGGAGACGAUCUCCACAACUUCCUCCACGGCUACUUCAGGCAGCAUCAUGCGACGUAUCACACCAGCCCGAUGAACAUGCCCGCCUGCGGAAACUGGAUUUGGUCGCUCACAGCGGCUUUGAUGACAAGGCCGGAGAGCCACCCCAAUGUCUGGACACGCAGGCAGGCGGGCAAGCUGGGUGACGCGGUUGAGGGCUAUCUCUACACGUUGUACCAGAAACAGACGGUGGAGAGUCUUGCCCUGCUGGCCAUCUACGGGGAGGCAGCGAGGCACCUCCACGACCUAAUGCAAGGAAUCCCACAUGCUAUUUACUACCGCCUAAGCUGGCGGCAGUCGCUCGACACGCUCGAAGAGCUCCUCGAGCCGUGGAUAGGAGUGUCAGAUGCACAGGUCGCAAAUGGCGACUACGACCGACCGUCAGACGCAGACACCUACGAGGCAGGAGGUGGGGCACAGCAACGUCUCAAGGUCCUGUCCAUCAAUGUUAACAGCCUAAGCGGGUUCCUCUGGGGUGAAGUCAAGGCGUUUCUUGGUGGAGAGGGCCUGCAGUAUGACUUCAUAUUCCUACAGGAAACGCAUCGCACUGCCUUUUGCGCAUUCAAGGUUGAUAACUGGAUGGCAGUUGGCUCCUCAACAAAACGGGGAGAGGGUGUGCUCACACUGGUUCAUCCUCGUUACGAUGCCUCCAUGGUUCGUUACCAGGAGAUAAUCCCAGGCAGAGUUCUAAGAGUGAAGGUAUGCCACAAAGAGGCAGCCAUCGAAACACUUAACAUAUACCAACAUGUUUGGAUACACACGGAUGAUCCGGAACAAAACAAACAGAGGCGACAAACCCUGCUCGAUAAGUGCACUGCCACAAUACAGGGCAUGGCUAGAAGAGACACCCUGAUUCUAGCGGGAGAUUUUAACUCAGAGGUACACGCAGUAAACGGAUUGAUCGGGACACGCGUGAACCGCUCGGCCUAUCACCAAGCCCUUGACCCACUCACACUUCCAAGAUUCAUACAAGACAACGCCCUGGUUGCUCUAAACACUUGGCAUAUGAAGGACCCAUGCACCAACCACACCCGUACGGGCAACUCUCAGAUUGACUAUAUCCUUGUGCGCGCACCAAGUGCUGACACCAGAGCGAAGCAAGUAGUCAAACAAGAGGCACCCUUUGGGGCGUGGAAAGAGCUCACACACUCGGCCCUCAUUGCUGAUGUCCGAAUCAUCAAGCACUUCCACUUGCCCAAGGCCAAAAUGCAACAGGAACUACAAUACUCGAGACAUGACCUUGACUACGCGUAUCGCCAGAAGGAUCACCGAAUCACACAAUUAAAGAGUAAAGUGGAGUUGGAGAUAAAUCACAGCUUGAACCACGGCCUCCCACUGACUGCAGAUCACAUCAAUCACACAUUACUGCGUGAGGUCUCUGACCUCUUCCCAACAGCUACAUCAGCACACACCAAUCGAGGCCAAACCAAAGCACAGUGCAAAGCCAUCUUUGCUGCGUGGAAAGAGCUGUUGACCCACCCUGACGAAGUAGGUGGCUCGACCAUCACACUGCCUGCCCGCGUCUACCACAUGUGGCAGAGACGUAGGGAUCUUCAGCGAUGCAAGCCAUUCACCCUGUCAGGAGUGCUUCGCACAUGGCAAUGGGUGCUCCUCUUCAACAAGGCAGGACGGCAGAGCAAGCAAUAUCAUCUCCAGCAUCAACGGGCCAUAGCACUGGGGCACUUACAGCAAGCUGAAAGGGCCGCUCAGACGCAUAACACGAAGCGUCUCUAUGGUGCAGUCAAGCGACUCCUGCCCUGGAAGCCCAAGCCCAGGAUCAUGCUUAAGCACCCGGAUGGAUCGCCCAUGUCUCUGCACCAGGAACACCAAGCACUUGUCCAACACUGCAAACAACUCUUCGCUCCCCCGGCGGCAUCUCCCACUCGACCAGGCCAGAUGCUUAGCAUGCCUUUGACUGCCUGUGAAUGGACGACACAGCUCAAAUGUACUCCUAUAGGCAAGGCCGUGCCUGCGGACUCCGCUCCGGCCACAGCGUGGAAGGCCUGCGCGACAAUUGUGGCGCCAGCCAUGGCCUGCAUAGCCAAAGGCCUACUCAGACCGGAUGGCAAGGCGUUUGCAGGCCACAUCAAAAAUCAGCUACUGAUGCAGGCCUGCGCCAACCUUACUCAUACUCCACAGUAUGCAUACCUUCCGGCACGGGACACGUCGGAUGCGCUGGCAAGGGUCAACGCAUGCAUACAUGACAUCAAGGACGGUCUUAAGGCCUUGGGUGGGAAUAGGUUCCUGACGAGACAGCGCAAAGAAACUGGACAGGUCAAAGGCGAAUCAGGAGGGUGCCUCCUGUCAGUCGACCUCAGCCAAGCUUUUGAUCGUGUCAACCGUGCAAAACUAGAUAGAGCGUUGGCGCUCCACCAGGUUGAUGCUGACCUUAGAUCUACCGUCACCGCCAUCCACGAGCAGGCUGCUUACCAGGUCAGGGAUAAAUUUCACCGGACAGACAUCUGCACGACGCAAGGAAUUCGCCAGGGAUGUCGACUAGCACCAGCCCUAUGGGCCGUGCUGUCGUCUCAGUUACUCUGGGAUCUUACUCCCGCUGGUCAAACGCCGCUGCAGCUUCCAUUCACGUUGUUCGCCGAUGACCAUUUAGGCCAUUGGCUUCUCAAAACGGUGGAUGAUGCCAAGCAAAUGGAGGAGACGAUAGUGGCACUUUUUCACAUGUUGGAAACAUACGGGCUCAAGGUUAAUCCGGAUAAAUCCAGUUUGGUCAUUCGGGUCCAGGGAGCGCAACUUGAAAAAUUUGUCAAAAGCCGCACGGUUAUAGUUCGCAACCAGGUGAGUAAUCAGACGCUGAGAGAAACCUACAACCUGAAGGAUCCUGUACACAUGCUGACGGAACGCAUUGCGCGCAAACUUGAUGCUAUGCAACAAGGACCAGCAGACAGGCGGCCUCCGCUUCACCUGAGACCCAGCUCCCUGCAGUAUGGCCUGUACCACACCCAGGGAUGGACGUUGCGAUUUACCUCAAAUCACCUACUCAGCUCUGCCUGUACCAUGACCUCCACGUCAGUGGAGACCACGCCGGAGCAACAGAUGGCGGCAGUGUGGGGCCUCAGCUCACCACUGGCGACGACGCCUACACCACAGAGACAAGCGUCCGUCAGACACAGACUGCCGCAAGGGACGCCGCAAAAGUAUCGAAAGGGCAUGGGCAAGGGCGCAGGCAAGGCAGCUCCCAAGGCAAAACGGGAUCGGGACCAGGACGCAGAAGACGAGUUGAUGAUGGACCUGGAGUCGCUGGACGAGGAGACGGUGAGAACGGCCUUGAAAACCUUGGUCAAAACAGCACUCAGACACGAGCACCAACUGACGAUCUUGGAGGCAGACCGGAGCUACGUGUUCUUCCUGGACACGACGAACCACGGAAUUGUCUCCAUGUUGAUCCAGGCCAGCGCAACAUGGAACACAAAGUUCGAGGAAGGCACGGUCAACACCUCGCUGAGGGCCACGCUAUGGGGAGUACUACUCAUGGAAUGGAAAGCACGCCUCGAGAAAAUCGAGUCCGACGCCAAGGUACUACAGGUAGCAGAAACAGCAGGAUGGGCAACGCGGUCUCCGCUCCAGUGGAUCUACAACGAGUGGAAUCCGGUACAGAAAAAGGCGCUACCAUCAAGUCGGGACAACCUCACUCACGAGGACGCAAAAAAGGCAGUCAACCAGCUCAUCACAAACACCGCCAAGGACAACACGGUGCACCGAUUCCAAAGCCUACGACCACUGAAGCCGGACCUGCAGGCGGAAGUGAUCACCAUGGUCCUGACACUCACCGUCCAUCAACAGGCGGCCGCCGUUUACCACGACCUGGACCUCUUGGCAAACAACUGCGCGGGCAAGCUGAUCGGUCUACGCUUGAGACGGGAGCGAGUGGGCAAGACGACGCUCACCAAGGAGCUCGAGAGACUGCAGAUCUAA